AUGAAACCUCUCACGUUUCUCAUGCUUCUGCUUCCUUCUGCAGCCCUUGCGGCAGAUACAAAUGCAUCGUCGGAGGAACCCACUGAGCUUCUCGAGGUUCGUCAACUUGGAGGCCAAGGGGCGGCACCUGUCGGAGGCGGUGCGGGAGGAGCAGCGGAGCCUGCUGCAGCUACAGCUACUACUACUACUACCGCCGGAGAUACAAAGACGGCCACUUCCAUACCUGAUCAAUGGGAAGAAGCAUCACCGGGCACAAUCGGAAUGGGAACGUUGACUGGAUCACCUGGUGCGACGCACACGGUCCAGUUGCGCAACGAAGGCACUCUUGGCCAAACACCGUGGAUAGGAAUGGCCAUCGGUCUGACUUUUACGGCUCUUGCGGCGGUGACUUUCGGUUAG